AUGGCACCUUGUGCACUAUGUCCAACUCUCGCAUCAUCUCCUACACCUCGGCGUGCCAUCAUUAAACGUCCAAAGACAGCUCAAGCUGUUUGUCGAGAAUGUUUUUAUCUUAUUUUCGAAACAGAAAUUCAUAAUACGAUACUUGGAUGUCAGCAGAAGAGGUCUCAAAGUGGAAAUUCGGCCAGGAUGUUCAGGAGAGGUGAGAGAGUGGCAAUUGCUGCUAGUGGUGGUAAAGAUUCUACUGUACUUGCGCAUGUCAUGACCACCUUGAAUGAGAGGUAUGACUACGGGUUAGAUUUGUGUUUACUAUCGAUAGACGAAGGUAUCAAAGGAUAUCGGGAUGAUUCUCUGGAGACGGUGAAACGAAACUCGUCCCAAUACUCUUUACCCCUCAAAGUGCUUUCUUACGAUGAACUUUAUCAAGGCUGGACAAUGGACAAAGUCGUCGAAAAUGUUGGUCGAAAAGGAAACUGUACAUUUUGUGGUGUAUUCAGAAGACAAGCUUUGGAUCGAGGCGCCAAUAUCUUAGGUGUGGAUCACAUUGUAACAGGUCAUAAUGCAGAUGAUAUUGCCGAAACAGUUCUCAUGAAUGUUUUACGGGGAGAUAUCGCUCGGUUAGAGAGGUGCACGGAAAUUACAACGGGCGGAGUCACUUCUGGUAUGGGUGGUAUCCCAGUGAAGAGAAGUAAACCUUUUAAAUAUGCUUAUGAAAAAGAAAUUGUGAUGUAUGCGUAUUUCAAAAAGCUGGAUUAUUUCUCAACAGAAUGUACUUAUUCACCGGAGGCGUACCGUGGUCACGCCCGAGCUUUAGUCAAAGAGCUUGAACGCAUCCGACCUUCUUCAAUCCUUGAUAUCAUCUAUAGUGGUGAAGCGAUGGCAGGUGCGGUGAAAACAGAUGUCAAGCGACCCACACAACAAUCUUGUACACGUUGCGGCUCUUUGUCCAGUCAGCUUAUAUGUCAGGCUUGUGCUCUAGUGGAUGGACUCAAUGCUGGGAGUACUACAGAGUCAGGAUCUGUAAAAUAG